UGGUUUAUUUUGACCGUCCUGGUAAACAUCCCAAAUUUAUUAGAUAAAUGUAGGCUAUAGAUUUUUCACAAUUAUCUGGCGACCCCCUGAAAUUCUCUCACGACCUCCGUUGGGAAUCCCCAGUUUGAAAACCACUGCUGUAAACGUCUCUAAGAACAGCAGAAAAAGACGCUACAGCUGUCGCUAGCCCUUUUUUAGUUAGUCUGUAAAGGGGUCUGAAUAGUUGUUAAAUAAAGCGAAUCAGCCACUAAAGCUGGAUUCAUACUCGCGCAGCAUCUGCGUAAGGUUGGCCACCACCGUAGGCUCCGCGUAGGUCUGUAGAGGCUUGAUACGCACCUCUUCCAGACCUGACGAGCACCCAUGCUACCCAGCAUGGUCACGCAGAAGUACUCCUUUGUGAUUGGUCAGUUUGUGUUUACAUGUUUCCAGAUUUUUGGAUCUUCUUGCAGAUUUUGUGCAGUAAACACCAUUUUUAUUUGUUUGCACUGUAAGUUUUUUAACAUUAGAAUUAUUUCUUCGUUUGCUUCCAUGAGUUCGUGUAGCCGCCAUGUCGGCCGCCAUCGUUGAUCUAAAAAUGUCGUAACUGACGGGAACCAUGGAAAGAACUCCAUCCUGUGUGGAGUUUACCUGCCGAUACCAGCCCUACGGCCACCUUCAGGUUCAGAAGAGAAACUGCAACAUGACACCAUAAUCCUACGCUGGAGUGUGAGAGCACAUUUCACCAGCAUCGACCUACCGUACGCAGACGCUCCGCCAGUAUAAAUCCAGCUUAAACUGGAAACGCUGCUGAUUAUCUAGCUCCACUGGCCAGUUCAGGCUCUGCCCAACAAGGUAAAACACACCCUGGAAGACAAAAUGAAUUCAGUCUAGAAGCUGUUGAGUCCUAAAACACAGAUCAUAUCUGCUUUGGUCUGUAACGUGAUGGAUUCCAUGUCACGUAGAGGGAGACGAGGACUGUGCUGGUUGUUGUUUUGACUCUCUAUAAUGUUGUUGUUGUUGGUUCUACACCAUUAUCUGUCUCAGACACGUUGACUGGAGUCCUUAUCGGCAUCUCAUUGACACGCCUCAUCAGCCUGUGCAGACCCUGAUGCUGUUGUCAGUUCCAGCAGCUAAACAAUGAAAAACCUCCUCUGUACAUAUGUUUAUCACCAACAGGUUUCUGGGUUUUGGUGAAUGUGUUGCAGCAGCCUGCAGGUGAUUUCUGGUGUAUUUUAGUCUCUGCUGAACUCGUCAGGGUUAAAGACGAGUGAGCAGACAACUCCCUGAGGGAUAGUGGAGUAAAGCAGCAUUGUGGUUUCCACAGCAGUGGAGGUGGAGACGAGGUGUUUACGCAGAUGUUUUCCAACAUGUCGUCAGCUAGGUGGACCCUCGGGCCAAACGCAGCUGAUCUUCCUCCUCCUCCUCUUCUUGUGAACAAAGUUAAUUAGAAAUGUGUGAACCUCUGAAUUCUUCUGGUGAUAGAACUGACUGAAACCUUCCCAGUGACACCAGUUAGUGUCCGUUCACUCCGAGCUGUUUUUGUGGUUUUACAGAGUUAAUCUUGUUGGUUUUCACUUCCUGUUUAUAAAGAAAUGUUUGGGUUUGCAGAAGCUGGUUUUGAUUCCUGUUGGUUUUCUUUCCUGAGGAGUAACUGAGCAGUCUGGAUUACUGGUUCCUCCAGACUGUGGAGGAUUCGUCUAUCGUCCACUCACAGUGGAGGGUGGAUGGGUGAAAUGACGUGUCUCAGAGGAGCCUCCAAGAUGAGAGCUGGUUGAACUGUGUAAAUCUGAGGAAAUCAGAGCUUCAUUCAGCCGAGGAAAGACCAGAGCAUUAAUUAUGGAAAGCAAGGAGAUAAUUCUGUCAUUCCAGCUGGGCCUCAGAGAUAAAUAUGAGGGCAGAACAGGGAGUGUUUGCUUCACUUUUUAUUGUUUGAUAACUGUUUAUAAAACUCUGGGAAGCCGUGACCUCCUGUCGUCUUUCACUUCUGUCACAGAAAGCUCAAAGUCUUGUCUAAGACCAGAGAAACGGAGCUGUGAGGCCUCCCUGGUGCUGCUGCAUCGUCACAGACCAUCAGAGGUCGUACAGACCAGCAGGAACAGCCUCAGUAGUCGGGUUUCACUCCACGUUAUGCUUCGCUAAUAGAUGUGGAUCAGAAAAAGGUUUUAUUGUUUGAGGUGGAUUUAGUUGUUUUGAAGACCUGAUGCACAUAAACAUGAACAGGAACAACUUAAUGAAUCUGACCUGUCAGCUGUUUCUGAUCUGAGUCAGCAAACAAUAAACCACUGAUAUGAUAUAAUGUCCCAGAUAUCCCCACAGAUUAAAGAAGCUCUUUAACAAGAACUCUCUAUAUUUCCAUAGUUGCUGUUUUCUCUCCUCCAGGUUUAUUUGCUGUUAGAGAAACUGCAUCUUUUGUAAGUCUGUUGUGGAUAAACUAAGACUUUUUCCCCGGACCAUGAUAACAGAGGGCUUUGACACUAAGACAGCAAAUGUUCCUGUUUAUAAUUAACAUGUAUGUGUUUAUUAACUACUGUACCGAAGGCAUGACCUGAACUCGUACUACAGUGUUUGUACAGGGGCCAGUGGGAUGGCCAAAGCUCAGCUGACUGCUUAUUGGAGUGAAGGAAUGUUUCUGCUGUCAAAUAUACAGAAAUAAUUCAGUCUUCAGGUGUAUUCAGCAAUGACAUCUGGUGUUAGACAAAUAUUUGCUUCUCAGUCAAGUGUUUAAUUUCCUGGCCUGUUUCCAGCCUUCUUUCUCUCCAUGUAGGUGGGUCCUUUUUAUUACAUUACGAACAUUUAGCAGACACUUUUAUUCAAAGCAACUUUGUGGUUAGGCAGUAGCGUUAAGGGUCUUGUCUAAGGACCCAACUGAAAGGUGUUUACAUUCAUCUGGGGAAUCGAACUCUGGUUGCCUGCAUGAGAGAUGGACGCUCUGCCAACUGAGCUAAACAGCUGAUGGUUGGUGGUUUUUAAUGUUGAAUGGGCGCCUUCCCACCUACCUUUCAGAGCUUCUCUGUUCAUGUAGGUCAAUGAGGUUGAAAAAUGAAAUGCUUUUAGACGUCUAGAGUUCGUGUCUGAAAACUAGAUGUGACAGAGCUUUUGCUGCUUCUAGACUCUGGAAUAGUCUUCCUCCGAGCAUGAGAACGGCUCAGUCUUUGGAUAUUUUCAAGUCAGUUCUGAAGACCCACCUGUUUGCACUGGCUUUCAGCACAAGGUCCAUGGGCCGAUGAUGAACGGCGAUCUGUCCAGGAUGGUCCCUUUUAGCCUGACAGCUGCUGGGACAGACCCCACUCCCCCACCCCGACCCGGCAUUGGAAGGGAUCCAGACUGUUAGCGGCUCAGCUACUGCUGUAGAGUCUGUGUCUGGAUGUUUCUGGCUUCCACGGUGAGCCCAGUGAUCUGCCAGGACCUAACAGUUAAUGGGACUGUUGGAAGAAACGUCCUGCUGCCCUGCAGCUACAAUGAGUCUGUACUAGAGAGGGUCAACGUUUCUUGGACAGACCAGGAUGAUGCUGCUGUGUUGAACAUCAGAGGCGGUCGGGAGGACUCAACAUUUCAGGACCAGAAGUACAAAGGUCGAGUAAAGAGCUUUCAGGAAGAAUACAAGAAGGGAAACUUCUCCAUCAAGAUGAAGGACCUGAAGGUGGAGGAUGCACAGAAAUACGAGUGCUUCAUCCACAAAAUUGAUCAUCGUAUGUUCAUCAAACUCACAGUCUCAGAACAGCCUGAAGUUGAAGAAAAGAUGAUUUCUCCAUCAGAUGGAGCAGCAGGAAGAAACCUCGUCCACAUCCUCCUCCUCUCUGCUCUGUGUCUGCUGCUCUGCUUCUAGAAGAUUCUGGUUGUAACUUCACCACGUUCCUCCUCACUGAGUACUGCUCCGUCACUUUAAGGUUUUAUGAAGUAAACAUGAAGCAAACAGCUGGAGCAUCACCAUCAGCUUAAUGCACACAAGGGGUGGAAGUGAUUAUUUAAAGCCUCAUAUAUUAAAUUAAACCAGGUAACAGUACUUAUACACCAUCAUAGGUAUGAAAGAGUCAUCAGCUCCUCUUGUUCUGAUUGGUCACAGUUCUGCUGACCUCACUGCUCAUUAUCAUCCAGUUACAGAGCAAAACUUUGCAGGUUACAAUAGACAGUUACUGAAAACACAUUAACACAAGUUAAUUUAUAUUUAGUCAUUAACAGCCGAAGUUGCUGUUUAAUAGAAGAAAAUUUUAUUUUAUAUUUGUUUCUUUUUUUAUAAUCAGUAACAGCAGGAUGGAGAGUAGACAAACUACAACAAGCUUAACAAAAUGUAAAUUCACACACAGAUAAGUUGAUUUUUUUCUAAAUGUGAACUGACAACCAGCAGAGACCAGAAAGAUCAAGGAUCAGAAGAAACAUCGUCUGUCACACAGAUGUUUAUCUGUGGAACCAGAGGAGGAAUCCAGGGUUAGCUAACGCUAGCUAACAUUAGCUAAUAAUAGCUAAUAUUAGCUAACACCAGCUAACAUUAGCUAAUAAUAGCUAACAUUAGCUAACAUUAGCUAAUAAUAGCUAACACUCGCAAACAUUAGCUAAUAAUAGCUAACAUUAGCUAACACUCGCUAACAUUAGCUAAUAAUAGCUAACAUUAGCUAACACUUGCUAACAUUAGCUAAUAAUAGCUAACAUUAGCUAACACCAGCUAACAUUAGCUAAUAAUAGCUAACAUUAGCUAACAUUAGCUAAUAAUAGCUAACACUCGCAAACAUUAGCUAAUAAUAGCUAACAUUAGCUAACACUCGCUAACAUUAGCUAAUAAUAGCUAACAUUAGCUAACACUCGCUAACAUUAGCUAAUAAUAGCUAACAUUAGCUAACACUCGCUAACAUUAGCUAAUAAUAG